GGUUGUAGUCUAAUCGGCAACAAAUCGUCAAAUACUGUGGAGAAAUUUACUUCGUUGGCUUCCAGACACCACAAUUGUGCCACUAUACGACCCAGUCGAGUCUCCUUUCGUGAUCUAAGACCACGGUGUUGGAGUAUGGAUGAAGACGCGGGGUUUGGAGGGAGCGUGUAAGUUUACAGCUGUAAAUAAGCGGCUCCAGCUGAAGACGACGACAACAAAACCCGAGUCACAAGACUCCUUCCACUCCCUCCAGGCCGAAGGCUGAUGGAGCCCUCCCCCGGGCUGAUGGUGACCCCCCCCGGGCUGGUGGUGACCCCCCCCGGGGUGAUGGAGGCCCCCCCCGGGUACGGCUCCGGCAGCAGGGAUGCCCUCCACCUCCCCAGUGACGACGACGACGACGAGAUGGUGGACAUCGCCGGGGCCACGCUGGACUUCUCCGCCACGGACGACGUCCCCCCCCUCAGCUCAGGAGACUUUGAGGAGUACAGCAGCAGCAGCAGCAGCAGCCGAGCAGCGGGCAUGAACGGGAGCGGGCCCAGUAAGCUCGUGGACCCACUGGAGGACCUGCUGCCCGGACUCGGCACCUACGAAGACUUCAACACCAUUGACUGGGUCCGAGAGAAGAGCAAGGAUCGGGACAGGCACAGAGAGAUCACCAACAAGAGCAGACAGUCGACCGUUGCUCUGCUGCACAGCAUCAGCGACGCCUUCUCAGGAUGGCUGCUCAUGCUGCUGGUGGGACUAAUGUCAGGGGCUCUCGCCGGUGGCAUCGACAUCGCAGCCCACUGGCUGACGGACUUGAAAGGAGGAGUGUGUCUCGUUGGCUUCUGGUUCAACCACGAACACUGCUGCUGGACGUCUAACGAGACCACGUUUCAGGAGAGAGACCGCUGUCCGCAGUGGCAGAGCUGGGCGGAGCUCAUAACGGGGACUGCAGAGGGUCCGUUUCCCUACAUUGUAAACUACUUGAUGUACAUAUUCUGGGCUUUGCUCUUCGCUUUCUUGGCCGUGACGUUGGUCAGGGCGUUUGCUCCGUAUGCAUGCGGCUCAGGAAUACCGGAGAUCAAAACCAUCCUCAGUGGGUUCAUCAUCCGUGGGUACCUGGGAAAGUGGACCCUGAUCAUCAAGACCAUCACGCUGGUCUUAGCCGUCUCCUCGGGGCUGAGUUUAGGGAAGGAGGGCCCUCUGGUCCACGUAGCCUGCUGCUGUGCCAACAUCCUCUGUCAUCUGUUCACCAAGUACCGCAAAAAUGAGGCCAAGCGGCGGGAGGUUUUAUCAGCGGCAGCAGCAGUGGGCGUGUCCGUGGCUUUUGGCGCCCCCAUAGGAGGAGUCCUGUUCAGCCUGGAGGAGGUGAGCUAUUACUUCCCCCUGAAGACCCUCUGGCGUUCGUUCUUUGCCGCCCUGGUCGCAGCCUUCACCCUGCGCUCCAUCAACCCCUUCGGGAACAGCCGUCUCGUGCUGUUCUACGUGGAGUUUCACGCCCCGUGGCACCUGGUGGAGCUGGGCCCUUUCAUCCUGCUGGGGAUAUUUGGAGGCCUCUGGGGGGCGCUGUUUAUCAAGGCCAACAUAGCCUGGUGCAGGAUACGUAAAUCCUCUCGCCUCGGCCACUACCCCGUCAUCGAGGUGCUGGUGGUCGCUGCAGUGACCGCCGUGAUCGCCUACCCCAACAGUUACACCAGGAUGAGCGGAGCAGAGCUCAUUUCUGAGCUGUUCAACGACUGCUCGCUGCUGGACUCCUCUCAGCUCUGUGGAUAUAAGCAGCCAGUGAACAUGUCAGAAACGGCAGCAGGUAACAGCCUUGCAGACCGGCCAGCAGGAGAAGGCCUCCUCACGGCUCUGUGGCAGCUGGCCCUGGCCUUGAUCUUCAAGAUGCUGAUCACCGUGAUCACCUUUGGCAUGAAGGUUCCCUCCGGUCUCUUCAUCCCCAGCAUGGCGGUUGGAGCCAUAGCCGGCAGGCUGCUGGGUGUGGGCAUGGAGCAGCUGGCCUACUACAACCACGACUGGUUCGUCUUUAAAGGGUGGUGCACGCCAGGAGCGGACUGCAUCACUCCGGGGCUGUACGCCAUGGUUGGAGCAGCUGCUUGUUUAGGUGGGGUGACUCGCAUGACCGUGUCGCUGGUCGUCAUCAUGUUCGAGCUGACCGGCGGUCUGGAGUACAUCGUUCCCCUCAUGGCUGCAACCAUGACCAGCAAAUGGGUGGCAGAUGCCUUUGGAAGAGAAGGAAUUUAUGAGGCUCACAUAAGGCUGAACGGAUACCCAUUCCUGGAGCCGAAAGAGGAGUUUGGGCACAGCAGCCUGGCUGUGGACGUGAUGAGGCCGAGGAGGGGGGACUCGGCGCUGGCUGUGCUCACACAGGAGGGCAUGACUCUCGGGGAGGUGGAGACUUUGGUGGAGAGCACUCGCUACAGCGGCUUCCCAGUGGUCGUCUCCCAGGAGUCCCAGAGGCUCGUGGGAUUUGUGCUCAGAAGAGACCUGCUCAUAUCAAUAGACAACGCCCGUAAGCGCCAGGAUGGCAUCGUCAGCGCCUCCCAGGUGGUCUUCACCGAGCACACGCCAGCGCAGCCUCCCGAAGGCCCGCCUCCACUUCGCCUCAGAGCCAUCAUGGACCUGAGCCCCUUCACAGUCACCGACCACACACCCAUGGACAUCACUGUGGAUAUUUUCAGGAAACUGGGCCUGCGCCAGUGUCUGGUUACACAUAAUGGGCGGCUCCUGGGAAUCAUCACUAAAAAGGAUGUGCUCAAACACAUGGCGCAGAUCGCCCACAGAGACCCGGACUCCAUCCUCUUCAACUGAACUCCUGCCAUCGUCGCUUCCAUCGCUUCUCUGUGGAGCAGAAGAAAACCCCGGCUCGUUCACUCGGCGUAACUUUACCUCUCCGGCUCCUUCGGAGGAGAGAACAGGGCUUCAUUUGCACAAGCACACCGUGGACAGUCUUACAAGGACAAUAUUUUCUUGUAAUUUGGAUGUGUUUUUGGUCUCAGAGAGAGUAUCACCGGGUGGGAACAAAACAUCUCUGAAACAAUGACUCAUCCCCAAAGUGAUGCUCAGCCCCUGAAGGGUGGGGGUGGGGGGGGGCACGGCUAAGUGGAUGGAAUAUCUUGCAUGUGCUCUUUUUCUUCUCGUUUUCAAAGGAACUUAAGGAACUGGAACUGAAAUCUGCGAUUCAAAGGAGCAGAAAUCAUCUUUUUCUUUAGCCAUCAUGCUUCUCCUCCUCCUUCAUCCUGAGACCGAAGGAAGGUGGGCAGAGACAAUCCUCGGUGACAGACGCUGAAAAGAGGAGACGAGGUGAAGGAAGAGAAAACUACACACAUGAGAUGAGAAGAUAAAGAGAGGCUUGAGGAGCAUCGUGCCCUCGAGGCAUCGCAGCAAGCCCAGGCAGAACACCCUGAGCCGACACGGCGGAUGCUCUGACACCCUCCUCCUCCUGUGAGGAGUCCUGUAGCCCCGGGGGGGGACGCAGACGCAGGAGUGUGAGAAGAGGAUCGCAUACCUGCACUCCACGAAGCCUGGGAACUCUCCAGAAAUGUCUCGUUGUCUCGUAGAUGCUUGAGAUCGGUGAUAGGCUGGGAACUAUGCAGUGUUGUCCUGGACUACUAUUAUAAAAAUCACACACACAGCUGCAAAAAACCAUGUCAUGCCUUAUAGAAGGGUUCAAGUAUUUCAGACCUUCAGUGGAUGCGGCAAGAAAAUAAAUCAUAACACAUUAAUUCAUGUAAAUGUAAAUUUUUUUUUGGUCCCACUAAAUUAUUUCACUGAAUG